AUGGAUUCCGAGGCUUUUAUAACGGAAAUUUUAAAUAGACCGCCUAUAUGGAUGUCAAAACAUCCCCAACAUAAAUAUAAAAACGUUAUAAAAAGGUUGUGGGAAGAAAUUAAACAAUGUUUUCCGGAAUAUAAUGUUGCACAAUUGAAGAAAAAAUGGAAAAAUCUUAAGGAUGCCUAUAGAAAAGAAUUGAGGAAGACUGCGACUUCACGCUCCGGGGACCCCGGCCCCGAUGACGAGAAUUCUAUGUCGCAGUGGAAAUAUUUCACCUUAAUGACAUUUUUGAAAGAAGAAUUUAUGCCAGCAGAAAAUGAGUCCAAUCUUACUGAAAAUGAGUAUCAAGAUUUAGAUGCUUCUUCUCAAUCUGAAUUCCAAUCAACGCUUUCGGCGCCGUCAUCUUUGGAAAAUCUCCGGCCACGUGAGGAAGUCAAUAAGAAUCAGAAUACAGCAGAUGUUGAAAAAACAGAGGAUUAUCAUUUUCUUAUGAGUAUUUUGCCUGAAAUGCAAAAACUGAAUUCCAUUCAGAAAAUCAGAGUGCGAAAUAAAAUAAAUCAAGUUCUGAUGGAUGAAUUGGUUUCGAACAUGUAUGGAGAUAACUAUACAUCACGCGGUUACUACACACAACCGCCUCCCGCUACUAACAUCGGCAUUGAUUAUAGUGUUAUUAAUAUGUAG